UGACGGCCCAUUUCCUGGUCGGAUGGGGCCGGCGGGGGGCGGCGGCGGGGUCGGUCCCUGUCCCUGUCCCUGACGGGCUCGGUGGCCGCCGGUGACACCGCCAGGCAGUGAUGCGGGCCCCGGGCCCUGCCGGCAGCCGGCCCCCGCCGUGACCCGGUGGGGCUGCGCAGGCCGGCCCCGCGGGGCGCAUGGAGGCACCCGCCGCUCUCUGCGAGGUGUGAGUCCCCGGGGGACAGCGCGGCUCGGCCCCGCCAGGCGAGCGGCCCCGGGCCCCCCUCAGCGGCCGCGGCAGGAGCCGGGAGGGGCUCGGGACCUGACACCGGCAUCGCCCCCAUCGCCGGCAGCUGCCGCCUCCUGAGACAUGAAGAAGUUCUUCGACUCACGCCGGGAGCAGGGCGGCUCCGGGCCCGGGUCGGGCACCAGCGGCGGCGGCGGCGGCAGCAGCGGCCCGGGCAGCGGCUACAUCGGCCGGGUCUUCAGCAUCGGCCGGCACCAGGUGACUGUGGACGAGGUGCUGGCGGAAGGUGGAUUUGCAAUUGUGUUCCUGGUGAGGACGAGCAAUGGGGUGAAGUGUGCCCUGAAGAGGAUGUAUGUCAAUAAUGAGUACGACCUGCAGGUCUGCAAGAGAGAGAUCCAGAUCAUGAGGGAUCUGUCUGGCCACAAGAACAUUGUGGGCUACAUCGACUCCAGCAUCAACUCUGUCAGCAGCGGGGACGUGUGGGAGGUGCUGAUCCUCAUGGACUUCUGCCGGGGGGGACAGGUGGUGAACCUGAUGAACCAGCGCCUGCAGACCGGAUUCACCGAGAGCGAGGUCCUGCAGAUCUUCUGUGACACCUGUGAGGCCGUGGCCAGGCUGCACCAGUGCAAGACUCCCAUCAUCCACAGGGAUCUGAAGGUUGAAAACAUCCUGCUGCAUGACCGUGGCCACUACGUCCUGUGUGACUUUGGGAGUGCUACUAACAAAUUCCAGAACCCUCAAACAGAAGGGGUGAAUGCAGUGGAGGAGGAGAUCAAGAAGUACACGACAUUAUCCUACAGAGCACCAGAGAUGGUGAACCUGUACAGUGGCAAACUCAUCACUACAAAAGCAGACAUUUGGGCCCUGGGCUGUUUGCUGUACAAGCUGUGCUACUUCUCCUUGCCCUUUGGGGAGAGCCAGGUGGCCAUUUGUGAUGGCAACUUCACCAUUCCAGACAACUCGCGGCACUCCCAGGACAUGCACUGCCUCAUCCGCUACAUGCUUGAGCCAGACCCUGACAAGAGACCUGACAUUUAUCAGGUGUCCUACUUUGCAUUCAAACUGGCCAAGAAGGACUGCCCGGUGCAGAAUGUGCAGAACUCUCCAAUCCCUGCUAAACUCCCAGACCCAGUUAAAGCAAGUGAAGCUGCUGCAAAGAAGAGUCAACCAAAGGCCAGGCUCACAGACCCCAUCCCCACGACAGAAACGUCCAUAGCACCCCGCCAGAGACCUAAAGCAGGACAGACCCAGCCCAACCCUGGAAUUCUGCCCAUCCAGCCAGCCCUGACGCCCAGGAAGAGAGCCACAGCCCAGGCAGCCAUCCAGCCCCAGGUUGCAGGCCCGGCUGCCCUGGGCAGUGCCCAGCCCUCCCUCCCUGCCAGCACCCCCCAGCCAAAAGCAGCCCCCCAGCAGCCUCCAGCCCAGCCCCAGGCCAAGCUGGCAACAGUGCCCCCAGCACAGCCCCAGGUCCCCUCCACACAGCCUCAGGCCACCCCUCAGCAUCAGCAGCAGCUUUUCCUGAAGCAGCAGCUCCUGCAGCAGCAGCAGCAGCAGCAACCGGGAUGCUGCCUGUUCAGCAGAAGCUGUUUUCUCCCCGUGGCUGUGGUUGUGACCCAGGACACUGUGCUUUUCUGUGCUUUUCUCCCCUGGCAGGCUCAGCAGGCUCAGCAGCAGCAGGCUCAGGGCACAGCCCAGGGGCAGAAGCUGGGCUCGCUCACCCCGCCGUCCUCGCCCAAGGCGCAGCGCGCGGGGCAUCGCCGCAUCCUCAGCGACGUCACCCACAGCGCCGUGUUCGGCGUGCCCACCAGCAAAUCCACCCAGCUGCUGCAGGCUGCAGCUGCUGAGGCCAGCCUCAACAAGUCCAAAUCUGCUUCCACCACGCCCUCGGGCUCACCAAGGACCUCACAGCAGAAUGUCUACAACCCUCCUGACGUGUCCACGUGGAACCCCUUUGAUGAUGACAACUUCUCCAAGCUCACAGCUGAGGAGCUGCUGAACAAGGACUUUGCAAAGCUGGGGGAUGGGAAAGCUCCAGAAAAGGCAGGCAGUUCCACAGAGAACCUGAUGCCAGGUUUCCAGCCCGCUGCCCCUGCAGCCCCGGCGGACGCGUUUGGUGGCUCCUCCUUCACUGCUGGGCCAGCUGAAAAAACAAAAGACAUUCUGAGUUUGGACUCUAGCCCUCCUCUUCUGACUGUGCCUGAUCCUUUCAUUCCUCUCCCGUUAUCCGACACUCCAGAAAAACUGAUUGAGGGACUCAAAUCUCCUGAGCCUGCACUCCUGCUCCCCGAGCUCCUGCCUCUGGCUGACCCCUUCGGCAGCACGUCAGACGCUGUCAAUGGUCUUCAGAGGGAUCCAGGCCCCUUCCCAGCCGUGGCUCUUGAGCUCUGUAAAGGAGAUCCUGGCAGUGAUGGACUCACUUUGUACAAGGCUCAGCCCGAGGUGCUGGAGGUGAAAGUGCAGCACAACUCAGAGCCAGAGUACUUGGCCAGGGAUGGUCCUUCAAGCAACAGCUCCUUCUACAGCAGCGAAGGGGAGGGCACAGACCAUGAGGGAGAUAUUCUGGAUUGCAGCGGCUCCAGGCCUUUGCUGAUGGAUUCAGAAGAGGAGGAGGAGACGAGCAAGGUGUGCCCAGGGUUCCUGCAGCCGCUGCCCAGGCACGAGGCCUCCAAGGAAGAUGCCCAGUGCCAGGCCCGGGCAGGGGAGAUGCUGUUCCCGGCUUUCCACAGCGGGGAGGUUUUUAACGAGCCCGAUGUGUUCGCCACCGCUCCUUUCCGAAGCUCCAGGAAGGUGCUCGAUGAAGUGGAUGUCUUUACCAAAGCUCCUUUUACCUGUAAGGGCAGCGUGGCUCUACGACAUCCAGAGGAAGCAGAUGUGUUUCUGAGAGCCCCUUUCACCAAGAAGAAGAGCACGGAGGAGUUGACUUUCCACAAGGAGCCGUUCCCAGCGCCCGCGUUCCCGAGCCAGGGGGGCGAUGGCCGAGCCCAGCCCGUGUUCCCGUGCCUGGAUUCAGCAGCGCACGGCCCCGUGGCCCCGCUGAGAGCUCCAUAUCCUCCUGCUGGCUUUGCUCAGCUGGGCAGCGCCCAUCCCUGCUCUGCCAGAGCCGUGGAGCCCCAGGAGAGCAUCCCUGCAGUUCUGCCAGAGCAGGGCGACGCGCUGGGCUCCGUGGCCAACAAACCUUUCCGUCCUCAAUCCCUGUCCAAGUACUCCCGGCACUACAGCCCUGAGGAUGGGCCAGGCCUCCAGGCCAAGCCCAUAGCUGCUUACAAAGUGGUGUCUCACAGCAGCAGACAGGCCAUAGCGGGCUCUGUCUCUGUUGUCUCUUCCAGGACUACGGAGCUGCCUGGUGCAGAUCCCUUCGCCUCGGCGCCCUUCCCUUCCAAAGCAGCAAAGCAGAAGCCUUGACGUGCCAGGAGCUGGAGCUGUGCUGCCUGCAGGACAGCCUUGGGCAGGACCUCAAACCUCUCAGCAGAACUGGAUGGCAUAGCAAUAUAUACAUAUACAUAUAUAUAUAUGUGUGUGUGUAUAUAUAUACAUAAAAUAAUUAUUAUUUUUGGUCAGAACUCUAUUUGCAGUGAUAUAUAGUUGAACCAUUUAAGUUAUGUUUGUCCCAAUGCCUGGCUCUCUCAGGAUCCUUGUAUCCUUUCCAGUUGUUUCUCACCUUCCUCCUCUCACUGUCUUCCUCCAUUUAGUUCUUUUUUCAGUUGCUUUUCUCAAACCAGCAGUAUUCCAUUUUUACUGGUCCCGGGUGCAGGAAUGCACUACAAGAUGAAUGAAAAGGUUUAUUAAUUACAGAGCGAGUCAAGCAGGACUUGCUGAUGCUCUGGAAAGGAAAUGAUUUCAGAGGUUAGAGAGGUUAAAGGGUUGUUGUGACUUUUGCUAUCAGUGAUAUUUGUGCUGCUGGGUUGGUGCCCUGGGUGUGGUGCCAGCGUGGGCAGCGCUGGUGAGAGCAGAGCCAGGGCAGCAGCACAGCUCUGCUGCCCCAGGGCUGGGGCCAGGGGCAGGGCAGGGCUCGGUGCUGUGAUCCCAGCCAAGCAAUCAGGCUCUUUCUCUUGCUGGAAAAUCAAAUGGUCACACAAACAACUCAGCAGAGCCUUCACUUUUACCCAGUGAAAUUACAGUGUAUUUCCUGUCAGGUCUGUGCUGAGGUGUAGGACCUGGAAAUGUGCUGAUGGUGAAGGAGGGGUUGUAUUCACAGUAUUAAUUAAUUAGUAUAAUGAAUUACAGCGCUGCCCUCGGUGCCCUGCCAGUGCUCUCACCUCCUCUCACUGCAGAACCCCCAGUUCCUCUGUCCCAUUCCCAGCUGCUCACUGAGGUUCCUCUUCUGUCCAGGUGUUCCCUGUGCCUGUCCCAGUCCCUGCUCCUGCUCUGAUGGAUCUCUCCUCGUUCCCCACUCCUGCCUCAGCCUCCAGAACUGCAGGAGCAGCAAAACCCCUCCAGCAGCAUUUCUAGUGUUAAACAGCCCAGGCAUUCCAAUACUUCUGGCUGGGAUGAGCAGCAGGAAUCAUUUCAGCCACACACAGCCCAGCUGUGCAGGGGAAAUCAUGCUAUGACACAUGACUUUUAUCAGGUUUUUCACAUAUUUUGUACAGUCAGAGCCCCAUAGAAAUUCACUGGUUGAAUGUUCAUUGGUUCCAGGUUAUGUAGCUCAUUUCAUUUCCUGUUGGUUACAGAUCUCUUUGCCUCUGCUGUUUAAUAGAUCCUCAUUCUUUCCCAGGCCAUGCUGGAGUUGUUGGAUGUUCCCUUAAUGGCUGUAACCUUUUGUUAAAUCUCCUUAAUUCCCAAUCUGCUGAGGCAUUAAAGUCAUCAGGCCUCACCUGCUGGAACAAUGGCUUGGAGAGAAACCUCGGCUGCUCUGUGUUCCUCUUCCCUUCGCUCAGUUCCCCUGCAGAAUAUCUCCAGCUGCAGGAGACGAGCCAGGAGUUCUGCUGGAUGUGGGGAAAAGCCUGGGGUGAGGUGUUGGAGCCCUGGAAUGCAGGGAGGCCACGCUGGCUCCCAGCUGCUGAGCCCAGGUCAGGGGGGCUCCUGGAGCUGGGACCCUCCUGCCCUGAGCUCACAGUUAAAUAUUAACAAUAUUAUAUAACAGUAUAAAUAUUGGUGCUUUCUGUCCUCCACCACCAGCUCCUGAAAACAGAAGUACUGUAAAGAAGCUUCUGGGUUUCCCCUGAGAUGUUUCUUCAGCAAAGCUGAUGCUGUUACUAUGUUUUGUUGUUUUGUUUUUUGUUUAAAUAUACAUCCAAGAGGUGGUUUUUAUUUCAAA